GGGGAAGAAAGGAGAAAUUGUUGGAUAGGUUCCUUAAAGAUCUUUGUUUUCUUGCUGGCUUCUGAAGAAACAGAACAGCUUCUUCAGAUCCGAAGAAAAAGGUCUGAAAUCGAAAAACCCGAGAUUAGGAACAGAAGACCCGCGAACCCAAAAAGAGAAGACACCCGGUAAAACAAAUGUGAAAGAGCAGUAGUCUUCACUGUGCUCAAGUUCAACCCCCCCAUUGUUAAAAAGGAAGGGCCUUUAUUGUGUUUUGUGUUUUUGCUUUCGGGUGUGUUGCUUUUGGACACUUUGUUAUGUUCCAAGAGAGCAUUGAAUGAAUCUUUGAAUAACUUUUUCUCCUUCUGCCCCCUGUUUUUUUUUUUUUUUUCCUCUCCUUUGUUGUUGUUCACUUUGUGUUGGUGGGUGUAUGGUGUGGGCAAUACGGCUUUUCCUUUUUUAUCUGCUUUCUGUCGGUCAUCGCUCUCUCGAUUGAAUCUUUGAAUUGGACGAGAGAGGGGGAGAAGAAGAGGGAGAGGAGAAGAAGUGGCAGAAGUAGAGAGAUUCUUUUGUGAGCACACAGAUAGAUUCUUGGUGGGUGCUGAUGAUUUUGGUGGUGAAUUUUGAUGCUGGGAAUUCAGAUAUCUUUAGAGACUGAGAAACGGGGGGGAAGAAAGAUGAUUGCUUUCUGAUUUUUUGUCGGUUGCAGAUCUUGAGUUCCUGAAUUCGACAGUUCAUUCUUAGCUUAGUUUUAGGAAGAAAGAAAAGACAAGAGUUUGCGGUCUUUUUGUAGCUGUGAAGAAGUGAGCUUCUAGCUGCUAAUGUUAUGGCACUGCAAAAUCUGGGGAAUCGAGAGAGUGAAUUGCGUACAAGAAGAUGAAUUGGUGGAGCUUUUGAGCUGAGAAAGAGAAAUGGACCUGCUCUGUCUCAGGGGUCUCUCUCUCUCUCAUCAGCAAAUUUGAGCUGUUGUGGACUUUUGGGGGGUCACUGUGCGAUUGUGUGUCUUUCCAAGUAGAAGUUUGUUAAUCCCCUUUCCUCUUGGCUCAGAACGUGGGUCGGAAAUUUUUCCGAAUUCGAGUUUCGAACAAGAUCAACCCCACCAGUGUUUAUUGUAAAAACAAGCAUCACAAGCACCUAGUUCUCUAGCUGCGGGGAGAAGAUUUUUAUGCUCUGAAAAAGCUGUUUUCUGUUUGGAAAACCGCCUUUUGGCGAGGAUGAUCACUUUUAUGGAUUCUAAGGAGAAGCUGAAAGAGGUGGAGAAGACGUUAGAUUCUCAACUAUGGCACGCCUGCGCCGGUGGAAUGGUGCAAAUGCCGCCACUGAACUCCAAGGUCUUUUAUUUCCCUCAAGGCCACGCCGAGCAUUCGUGCGGUCCCGUGGAUUUCCGGAACUGCCCCAGGAUACCAGCAUACAGACCUUGCCGGGUUUCUUCAAUUAAGUUCAUGGCCGAUCCAGAGACCGAUGAGGUCUUCGCCAAGAUGAGAUUGGUUCCGUUGACAAAUAAGGAGCCAGAUUUUGGGGACGAUGGACUUGGAGGGCUUCAAGGAUCAGAUGGACAAGAUAAGCCCGCCUCCUUCGCCAAGACUUUAACCCAGUCAGAUGCUAAUAACGGCGGCGGUUUCUCCGUCCCGAGGUACUGUGCAGAAACGAUCUUCCCACGACUGGAUUACUCUGCAGACCCUCCUGUCCAAACCAUCCUAGCCAAGGACGUCCAUGGAGAGACGUGGAAGUUUAGGCAUAUCUACCGAGGGACACCGCGGCGCCAUCUCUUGACCACAGGUUGGAGUACUUUUGUGAACCACAAGAAGCUUGUGGCUGGGGACUCGAUAGUGUUCAUGAGGGCAGGGAAUGGGGAUCUCUGCGUCGGGAUUCGCCGAGCCAAAAGAGGGAUUGGUGGCGGACCUGAGUCCUCAUCUGGUUGGAACCCAGUAGGCGGUAACUGUCCGGCACCUUAUGGUGGGUUCUCGGCAUUCCUGACAGAGGACGAGAACAAAUUGUUGACCAACGGGCAUGGUAACUGCAUGAGUGUAAAUGGAAGUUUGAUGGGCAAGAAACGGGUCACACCGGAGGCAGUUGUUGAAGCUGCCUCGCUCGCGGCAAAGGGGCAUCCUUUCGAGGUGGUUUACUACCCUCGAGCAAGUACCCCUGAAUUCUGUGUGAAGUCUUCCCUGGUGAAAGCAGCGAUGCAGAUCCGGUGGUGUUCCGGAAUGCGGUUCAAGAUGGCCUUCGAAACAGAGGACUCUUCACGGAUUAGUUGGUUCAUGGGGACGAUAUCUUCAGUUCAAGUGGCCGAUCCCGUCCGCUGGCCAGAUUCACCGUGGAGGCUACUCCAGGUAACUUGGGACGAGCCGGAUUUGCUGCAAAACGUGAAACGUGUGAGCCCGUGGCUGGUCGAACUUGUCUCCAACAUGCCGGCAAUCCAUCUUUCCCCUUUCUCGCCGCCGAGGAAGAAGCUAAGACUUCCACAUCACCCGGAUUUCCCCUUCGAUGGGCACUUCCCAAUGCCAUCGUUCUCCGGCGACCUCCUUGGGCCCAGCAGCCCGUUUGGUUGUCUUCCCAACAACCAUUCUGCAGCUGGCAUGCAGGGAGCCAGGCACCCUUACUAUUCUCCAUCCUUACCAGAUCUCCACCUCAGCAAACAGACAUCGAGUCUGUUCCCUGCCGGCUUUCCGCUUCUCGACCACUCAAUUAGACCCAUCAGAACCUCCAAUGGUCCGAGAAUGCACAAAUCUAGCAGCGACAACAACAUCUCUACCCUCUUGACAAUGACGAAUUACGGGACAGUCUUUAAGAAACUCGAGGAAGUUAAGAAACCUCCCCAGUUGGUGCUCUUUGGCAAGCCGAUACUGACUGAGCAGCAGAUUUCUCUAAGCAGCUCUGCUACGACCACCACUACUACAGCUUCGCCCGCACAUACUUCAUCAGAAGAGAAGAUAGAUAAAACGGGUAGUUUCCCUGAUGGCCCUGGUUCCGCACGUCGGCAGUCGGCCCAACCAGAGCAGCAGUCGUCAUGUGAGCAGUCGAGAAUACAUGAGGAUAAACACCAACAGGAGAUGGAAGCCUGCUCAGAAAUCGGCCAUUGCAAAGUUUUCAUAGCAUCGGAAGACGUGGGCCGAACGCUCGAUCUCUCAUUGCUUGCCUCAUAUGAUGAGUUGCGCAGGAAGUUAACGGAUAUGUUUGGCGUCGAGAAUUCUCAAAGCUUAGCCCGCCACGUGCUAUAUCGGGAUAACAAAGGUGCAGAGAAGCGCAUCGGCGAUGAGCCAUACAGCGAUUUCAUCAGAACGGCCAAGAGAUUGACAAUUUCGACAAACUCUAGCAGCGACGGCGUAGGAAACUAGAGAGAAGCCGAACAACGACCUUCACUUGUACAGCUAAUCGACUCAAACCCUCCAUUUACAAGCUGACAAUUUUGAUGGACCGGGGGCAUCACGCGAAUCGGAAUCGAGCUUGUACAUUCGAGCUGGAUUCGCCUCGAGGCUAUUCUUUCGCCGCGUUUUCGGAGGAGCAACUCGCGCAAAGUGGAUAUCAUUUCUUUCUCAAAAUGGAGUUAUGGGUCUUGUUCGUCGGUGUCUUAGUCUUCUA